AUGCCGUAUGUCGGCGACGGCGACGAUUUCCAGUCAGCACGAAAACGAAGAUGGGACGACGACCAUGAUACCAACGUCUACCGGCUAUACAGGUCGGACAAGCAACAGCCUGAUUUCUACUUGAUAGAUCCGUCUUCAGACUUUGCUGCCGCCCGCAAAAUCCUCCCUCUCAGCUCGAAAAGGGCUCGCAUCACGCCCGACGACGACUCUCCCCUUCACCACACCCCCAGCAACUUCGUACCAGCACAUCGGAGACGACCAUCACAACAGAAAGUGCUGCAGGACCAACCAGGGCUGGGAAAUAGACUGCCCGUGGCACCUAGCACUGCGCUCCUGACACCCUGCUACAUAUGCCACCGGAGACCGACCAAGAAGUCUGAUCUGGAUUCCUUUGCAGAGUGUCAGGGGUGCGGAGAGAGAGCAUGUUUUGUGUGCAUUCGACAGUGUCACGGUUGGAAUGCAGACGACGGAAUGUCCGUGCUUUCGGAGCAAGAGGUGCUCUCACGAUCAUUUCACAUGGAGGAUGCGGACGACAUGGAGUCUGAACCACGAGACGAACGCCACGAGCGUCGAGAACACGAAAUGAAUGAUGCAUGGUCAGUGCAUAGGCGCUGUGAGAACGCAGCAAAGGAUAUCAAAGGGUGGGCUGCGUCAGGACACCGCUCUGUUGUAUGCAGCAGGUGCUGUGUCGAGAAGGGCAGGGAGGGCGAGGUUGUCUGCUUGGGAUGCCUAUCUGGCAUGUCUGGUGCCUGA